UGCUGCUUGGCGACUCUGUUCGGUAACACCUCUGAGCUACAUAAUGUGUACUUUAUUUUAGACUUUCGAGCCGUGUCUUGAACAUAUCUUUUAAACGUGAACAUACAGUAAUGGAAAUUGUGGAUUGUAUUUAUACAGAAGAGCGGGAAACCCCGCUUGAAUCACAUUCAUGUACUGUUUACGAGGAACUACGACGAAGCGGACAGCUCUGUGAUGUUGUUAUGAAGACUGAGACCCGGGAGUUUCCCGUCCAUCGGGCGAUCAUGUCGGCUAGUAGUACUUAUUUCCGUUCAUUGUUCACGCAAGAAGUAUGUAGUACUGACCAAAAGGAAGUGGUCAUUCCCGGUAUAACGGCAGACAUCAUGGAAAUUUUCGUAGAAUAUGCUUACACAAGAGAGGCCAAAAUAACCGCCGAGAAUAUAGAGCGACUUUUGCCGGCAGCCGACCAGUUUCAUGUUAACGGUCUUGUGCGCGCUUGCUGUCAAUUUCUAGCGAAGUCACUUGAACCCGAAAACUGUAUUGGUAUUUAUAACUUUGCCAAAAUGUACUUCUGCCACAACCUGCAGAAGUUGACAUAUCGCUAUUUGAUGCUCCAUUUUAGUGAAGUGGCGACGGAAAGUGCAGAAUUAUUACAACUUACAUUUGAUGAGAUCUCCAGUGUUCUAGGAUCUGAUGACCUAAAUGUGAAAAAUGAAGAGAUGACAUUUAUGGCAGUUCUUCGAUGGAUUGACUACGAUGCCCCCAACCGGAAGUGUCACAUUGCGCCCUUACUGAAAACUGUUCGAUUGGGGCUCAUUUCCAUCCAAUACUUUACGGAGAAAGUUAAAAAUCAUCCGUAUGUGAAAGAAAGUGAUAUUUGUAAACCCAUUGUGAUCGAGACUCUCAAGUUCCUGUACGAUCUAGACAUGAACGACAAAGCUAUGGACCUUGCAAACCCCCUGGCACGGCCGCGGAUCCCACACGAGGUGCUGUUCGUUGUUGGUGGAUGGAGUGGCGGAUCCCCCACCAAUGUCGUCGAGACGUACGAUCCCCGCGCAGACAAAUGGACCGUCUGUGAUACCGUUGAUACGUAUCAUCGCGCCUACCACGGGACCGUCACCCUGGACAAGCGUAUCUACAUCAUCGGAGGGUUUGACGGCGUUGAGUACUUUAACACUGUCCUUUGUUUUAACCCAAUGACAAUGGCCUGGUCAGACUCUGCAAAUAUGCAUUCCAAAAGGUGUUACGUGAGCACGGCCGUGCUUGACGACACCAUCUAUGCUAUGGGUGGUUACAAUGGACACGACAGGCUGAAAACAGUGGAAAAGUACCAACCGACCAGUAACCAAUGGUCGAUUGUAACUGAAAUGGGUCAUGAACGCAGUGACGCCAACGCCACUUCGCUCAAAGGUAAGAUCUAUAUUUGUGGCGGAUUCGACGGUCGGGAGUGUCUACACACGGCGGAGUUCUACGACCCAAUCACUGACCAGUGGACCAGCAUCACGCCCAUGCGCAAUAAGCGGAGCGGAGUCGGCGUCAUAGCCUACCAGGAUCAGGUCUACGCACUUGGAGGAUUCAAUGGGUCCUCGCGGAUGAAUACAGCAGAACGAUUCGAUCCCGCAUCUUCUAAAUGGCAAACAAUUGCAGAGAUGUAUAAUCCGAGAAGUAACUUUGGAGUAGAGGUGAUAGACGACAUGGUCUUCGCUAUCGGAGGAUUUAACGGCGUCACCACCAUCUCCAGUGUCGAGUGCUUCGAUAACUUGUCAAACGAAUGGUUUGAAGCUACGGAUAUGAAUCUCUACCGAAGCGCCCUGAGCGCAUGCGUCGUCCACGGGCUCCCCAACAUCCAUGAUUAUAUUCACGGUCCAAUGAAAACAAUGGAGGCCUCGGAACCUGAGCAGGCCGAGGGAACAACUGCUGAAGAGGAGCUUUAAUGACGUUAGGAUGGGUGAAAUCUGUGAUUAUUAGUUAUAAAUGUGACAAAUCACUGAUGAUUAAGGUUUCGGGUCUGUGAUCUUCUGCUGUCCAUAACUCUUUAUCAAAGUUACGUUGUUGGUUUUAAAGCAGUUUUAAGACUUCGUCAGUGAUAUUCCGCGUGAUAUAUGGAGUUUCUACAAUUGGAGUCAGUCCAUUGUUUCCUUUAGAUGUGUCUAUGUACUUUUCUUUUCUUUUCACUUUCCAUUUACUCUACAGACUAAAGUAAAGAGAUGCGAUUAGAAAUAUUGACACAAAAAAAGCAUAUACGUCAUAAACAUCAGAUCAGAAAUGCGUUUCAUUAUUAUGUUGUAGUCGUCUGAUUUGGGUUAAAAACCCGUGUCCAACAUUUAUUCUUAGUUAGCCUCCAAUGUUUCGUCAAAAAUAAAACCUUAGCAAAAUAAAUCAUCUUGUGUGUGUUUUAUUUAACAAGAUAUAUCAUAUUAUACACGCUGAACUCCAUCAUAAUAAAAACCGU